AUGGCGGUUAUGGCAGUAGUUAGUCCCCACGCGCUGGUUAUUCCCCGACUCCGAAUCGUGUGGUUUAAAUUACGUCAAUUAGCUCUAAUAGCUGUCUCACUUGAUGGCGUUGUCGAAUGCCGGGCAGCGCAGUCCACUCAGGAACAAGACGUUAAAAACCACCGGCCAGCACACGGCAAGGAUGUGAGCAGCGGGAGUCGUUUACGCACCACCCGCGCGAGGACAAUUUGCGAAUGGAGCGAGCGAUCCCGUAGCGCCGAUUUCAAUAAGAUUCGAACGGGGGGAGAGGAAAGCGAUUUUCUCCGAAGACAAGUGGCUGGAGUUAAUAACAUCUGUCUCGAGGGUACAGUCAAUACACUCGGCAUCCAGAGCGAUUACCCAACCGUGAAUGUGUUAUACCUGCAGUUAAUUAAUAAACGGCGAAAAUUGGCUAAUCUCAGAGAAAAAAUUAUAGGUUCCAAAGAAGGAUCACAAGAAGCCAGAAUAGAUCACUUGGAAACGUAUGGCGAACCUGUGUCAGUGGCAAAAUAUCAAGAACAGAUGAAUAGUGAGGUCAGCAUGAAUGCAUUUGCAGGAAUGGCUUUUGACUAUGACAGUGAUGACAGUGUGAAAGACAAAACUUAUGAUCCUAGCAAAGAUUGUUCAGAUGAUGAUAGUUACAUCAGUAAUUCACCGGAACAUGACAUUCCGCAAAGUCGUAGAAAUUUAGUAAAAAAAAAUCUAUUCACACCAGACAAAUCACUUCAAAACCAGAUUAAUAAUAACGAUCUUAUAACUUUGGACGACCUUUUAAAUACCACUGAAAAGUAUCAAGAACCUGGUACUUCCUUUGAUAUUUCUGGAUUUGACAAUCAAAUCAAAAUGGCCCAACAAAUUGUCUCAAUGGAUUCUUCAGAAGAUGUCAUUAAUAAUACAUGCCAAAAAUACCCUAACAAUGUUAUUGAUAAUACUCAAACCAGCAUAUAUUAUAAUGAGCCUAUUCCAUCAGCUACAAACAAUAUUCAUGAAGACAACUGUGAGUUUGCCCUUUGUAGGACUGUUUCGGCUAUCCCAUUGGACGAAGAACGACAUAAUAUCAAGAACAAUAUUAUGGUCGUAGAUAUGAAUGGAAAUAUUUACAUACAAAAUGAAAUAAUUACAGAUAAUAUAAAUAUGCAACAGUCUCACAGGACUCCUUUAAAAGUGAACUGUAGGAAAAAGCAGAAACAAGUAGAUAAAUGGAAGAGGGUUGUUUCAAAAGUUGCCAGAUUAAAAGGAUCUCCCUAUCAUUCAACUGUGGCCAAAAAGAAACCUAAUGUUGAAGGUCGACAGCUAAAGCCUCCGUGUGCAUGUAGACAUAAAUGUUACGAAAAAAUUCCUGAUAAUAUAAGGCUCCAAAUUUUUAAGGAAUUUUGGAAAACAUGCUCUAGUUGGGAUCAGCGUCGACAGUUUUUAGCUAACCAUAUCACAAAAGAACCAAAACAUUUGAUGAAAACCAAUGGAAAUUUAGAUACAGACAGAAGAAAGUUUACUUAUAUCUACAGGCUCGUCGUCAAUUCAGAAAGCCAAAAAGUGUGCAAGGUGAUGUUUCUUAACACACUUUGUAUAGGUGAUAAAUUUUUGAAAUUAAGUUUGGUAAAACAACUUGACUGUGGUUUAGUCGCCCCUGACCAAAGAGGAAAGCAUAUCCCUUCUAAUAAAUCACCUGCAGUGGUAAUUCAAUCGGUGAUUGACCACAUCAACAUGUAUCCUAAUUACGAAAGCCACUAUUCAAGGGAAAAGAGCAAACGAAAGUUUUUGGGACCAAACCUAAACGUUCCUACCAUGUACAAACAGUACAAAGAAUGGAUGGCAGAAAAAGAGAUUCCUUCGAAUUUAGUCGCAAAAGACUGGUUAUACCGCAAUAUAUUUAAUACAAAGUUCAAUUUAAGCUUUAAACUUCCAUCAGUAGAUACUUGUGAUGACUGCGACGCAUAUCAAAGAAAGCUACUGGAUGCUAAAGAUGAAGAAACGAAAGAAAUAAUAGAAAAAGAUAAGGAAGUUCAUGAUAUUGCCGCUGAAGAGAGAUAUAAACUGAAGAAGAAAGACAAAAGUGAAGCAGAUUCAAGUUUAGGUGAAAAAAAGGUAUUGAUGUUUGAUUUACAAAAGUGUAUGGCAACACCGAAUCUCACUAAUUGUAAGUCUUUUUACUUAAGAAAACUUUGGACAUUAAACUUGACAAUCUUUGAUUCAACAUCUAAUAUUGCAACAAAUGUUAUAUGGUCUGAAAAUAUAAGCGGGAGAGGGGGAAACGAGGUAGCAUCCUGUCUGAUUCGCUGGGCGAAUGAGAAUAUGGAAAACAUUGUUAACGUUAGAGAGCUCACUUUCUGGUCUGAUAACUGCGCGGGACAAAACCGAAACUUAAUGGUGGUAUUGGCUUACAUGUGGUUGCUUCAUAAGUGUCCCCAACUAAAAAUAAUAAGCCACAAAUUCAUGCUCAAGGGUCACACCCAUAUGGAAGUCGAUCAAAUACACUCUCAAAUAGAGCAGAAGAAAAGGCGGUUAAAAACAAUGCAGAUUGCUGUACCACAAGACUGGUCCCAAUUCAUUCAAACUUGUGGAGGAAAGAGAAAAUUUGAUGUAUUUGAAAUGCAAUCUCACCAUUUCAAAGAUUUAACUGAUUUUUCCGAAGUAUCUCUUAUUAGAAAUAUAUCGAAAAAGACCGCGCUCCCAGAAGAUUUACCACAAUUACGAUUAAACGAAAAACCCAUAUCGACGGCGAAAUACAAUGAUUUGAUGACAUUGCUGCAAUGGAUACCGGAGGAAUUACAUGGAUUCUAUAAAAACUUAUCUCAUUCAAACAAUGCGUCAGAUUUUCCAGAAACUGAUGAUUAA